AUUUUAUUUUUGAGAUCUUUGGCUCCUUUUUGGCAAGUAUAUCGUCUUCAGCGGAUUGUUGCAGAUGAUCAUCUACAAAAAGGAAAAGAAUGCGAUCCUUUUCACUUAUCCUCUUCCAGGAUCAUUCAACAGCACUGGACUGGUAGUAUCUUCCAAGCUGCCAAGAUUCUCUGACUUGUAUACACUGUCUGUUGCCAGUGCAGAUCCAAAAUCUGUUUCUUCCAACAAAGCAGUCCAUUUCACAAAGAGUUUUACCAAGUGGUUAGUUCAUUUGAUAUAUUUUCAAAUUUCUCCUUCCAGGGAUGGAAUGCCAGAAUCCUCGUUUUGGCAUGGAGCUAUUGUACUACGCAUGAGGUGUAUCUAUUGUAAGCUUGGGUUUUCAGUUUGUACAAGUGGGGAUGCACGUCAGAAAAGAAAAAAGAUUGUACAAGUGGUGAUCACAGUCCAAUGAUUCCAAACUGUUGAUAUUAUGGGUUGUAUUGUGAAUUCCACGUGCACCAAAAAUUCUCCCAAAUUGGUCAUGACCGUUGAAUCUUCCGUCAUUGCUCUGUUGUAUUUUUGUAUGUGGAC